AUGGAGACCCGCCAGGUGCCCAGGAGCUUCCGGGCGCGGCUGCUGGUGCUCCUCCUGCUGCUCGUGCCCUGGGGCGUCCGCAGCGCCUCAGGAGUCGCCCUGCCCCCCGCGGGGGUCUUCAGCCUCCGCACCCCCGGCCGGGACUGGGCGGGUCCGGCCACCCCCGCGGCGCUGAGGACGACGCGGCGGAGCCUGGCGCUGGCGGACGAUGCGGCUUUCCGGGAGCGCGCGCGGCUGCUGGCCGCCCUCGAGCGCCGCCACUGGCUGAACUGGUACAUGCACAAGCUGCUGGUGCUGGACGCGCCCUGAGCGCCCCGCCCGCCUCCCCUGAAUAAAGACCCUGUGCGCGCUCCGGACUGCGCCUCCUUUUUGCGCCACGUG